AUGGCCAGCAUGGCCUGCAGAAACAGGGCCUUAGCCUCGGUGCUCCGGCCUGCGAAGCCGCCAAUUACGGUGCGCAACGAGGCCGCCGUGCGGUGUUUCGCAACCACGCCCCGCCAGAACAUCAUCGUCCCCAAGGACUCUCCGAAUCCGCGCUCCCUCCCCCGCGCCCCCGUCGGCAUCCUAAAGGCGCCUCCCGUCAACCCCGCCGAUAAGUACCAGGCCAAGGCUGACGAUCUGCACAAGUACGGAUCGUGGCUCAUGGGCUGCCUGCCCAAGUACAUCCAACAGUUCUCCGUCUGGAAGGACGAGUUGACCAUCUACAUCUGCCCCUCCGGCGUCAUCCCGGUUUUCACCUUCCUGAAAUACAACACGGCGGCGGAAUUCACGCAGUGCAGCACCAUCACGGCUGUUGACUUCCCCACGCGCGACCAGCGGUUCGAGAUCGUGUACAACCUGCUAAGCGUGCGCCACAAUUCGCGGAUCCGUGUCAAGACGUACGCCGACGAGACGUCGCCCGUGCCCAGCGUCACGAGCCUGUACGACGGCGCCAAUUGGUACGAGCGCGAGGUGUACGAUCUGUUCGGCGUCUUCUUCACCGGUCACCCGGACCUGCGCCGCAUCCUGACCGACUACGGCUUCGAGGGCCACCCGCUGCGCAAGGACUUCCCCCUCACCGGCUACACCGAGAUCCGCUACGACGAAGAGAAGAAGCGCAUCGUCACAGAGCCGCUCGAGCUCACCCAGGCCUUCCGCAACUUCGAGGGCGGCUCCAGCGCCUGGGAACAGGUCGGCGCCGGCAUUGACACCAAGCCCGACACAUUCAAGCUGCCCACGCCAAAACCCGAGGUGCAGGAGGAGCCCAAGAAGUAG